AGUUGCGUCACGACUGAAGUAGAUAUUUUGCAAAGAUGGCGGCGUUGAUGGUUCCCCGACUUCCCAUCCUCGGCUCUUUUAAUCUAAGGGCCAUUUCAUCAUUAACAACUCACAAAAAAGUUCAGUUGACAGACACAAAGGAUGAAAACUCCAAAAGCCUGGUCUCGAUUAGAGAGAAAAGCACGGCUCUGGCUACAAAACCAGCUUCCGCUGUCAGCAGUAAGGGUGAAUACAUCAUCACCAAGCUGGAUGAUCUGGUCAACUGGGCACGAAGAAGCUCCUUGUGGCCCAUGACCUUUGGUCUGGCAUGUUGUGCUGUGGAGAUGAUGCACAUGGCUGCCCCUCGUUAUGACAUGGAUCGAUUUGGUGUUGUAUUCAGAGCCAGCCCCAGACAAGCUGAUGUCAUGAUUGUUGCAGGAACACUCACAAAUAAAAUGGCUCCUGCUUUACGAAAGGUGUAUGAUCAGAUGCCAGAGCCCAGAUACGUCAUUUCCAUGGGAAGCUGUGCUAAUGGAGGAGGCUACUAUCAUUACUCUUAUUCGGUGGUCCGAGGAUGCGAUCGCAUUGUUCCAGUGGACAUCUACGUCCCAGGUUGCCCUCCAACGGCAGAGGCUCUGCUUUAUGGAACUCUGCAGUUACAGAAAAAGAUCAAACGAGAGAAGAAAAUGAGAAUUUGGUAUCGCAAGUGAGAUGGGAUUGACGUGUGUCUGGUCUGUAAAAAUAAAUAUUUAAAAUUGGUAAUUUGUUGUGCAAAUUACUCUAGCUUAAGCUCCUACUCUUUGCACAAUAAAGGACUUUCUGCCUAAACGCUGAGCAUUUGAAUUCAUUUUGAUCAGAUAUUUGUAUUUUACAUGUCUGAGUCAACACAAAAUAGGUUCCUUUGGAAAAUAUGUAGGCAUUAUGACCAAAACUGAACAUGUGUUUUGAAAUUUGUGUUCUGUUUUGAUAAUUUAUUAAUAAUUAUGCACUGUACAUCUUAUUGUAAUCUGUAAAAUCAUGAUCAAAUACCCAUGUGUCACAUGUUGUUGGAAAGCUCUCAAAGAGUUGGAUACAACCUGCCUAUUUGUACUCUGACAAAAAUAUAGUCAGUAAUAGCUAUGUACAUGUCUUUGACAUUUAAGUUUCAUGUGAACAGGUGUUGUUUACCUGCAGUGUUUUCUCUUAUAACUUCAUGAAAUGUAAACAACAAAAUAUCACAUUAUUUAGAUGAGGCAAUUAUCUUUCAAACGAGCCCUCACACAAGGUAAUCGAAUGCAUAGAUCAUUAGAUAAUUGACAAAGUACAAUGUGCACAGUGCACACUGCAUCUGACAUCUUGCAAUCUGGCUGAAAACACCUUAGAGUUCCUUGAUCAGAUGACCUUGUUGUAAAUACAUUUUACAGUGGGAUUGGGUUAACGAAUCAGAUUGGGUUAAGAUCAGUGCAAAAAGUCAUCCAUAUUUGGGCAGGGAGGCAUGUGAUUGGUGACUGUUACAUAUGGCCACAAGAUGGCACUAAGCACAUGACAGACUCAAUGGCUGUGUCUCAUUUGGAAGGUUGUGUCCUCCGUAGGUCGCAUUUGUCUGAUGCAUACGUCAUCAAGGCUGUCUCAUUUCAUAAAAGCGAGUAGGACACUUCAAAUGCAGCCUUCUUUCACUGGAAUUCGGUGGAUGCAUAAGGUGUAUCCUUCUGGGCACUCACAACCCACAAUUCUUUGCUUCAACGGAAAUGUCUAAAACAAAUAAUGCCAAUUUGCCUGUAAAAAUUAUGUUCAAACGCCACGAAUGUUAAUUCCCAAGUAGAAGUACCUCCAGUAGAUGGGUGCAGAGUAUAGAAUAUGUAUAAUUAUAUUAAUAUAUAAUUAAAAUAAAGUGUUUGACUGAAAGUACAACUGUAAAAUCUAUUUUAUUUUCACUUUACAUCAUUAGUCUCCUAAAUUUUACCUCAUACAUUCCUUUCUAAAGGGACUUUGUUGCCUUCUCACUCAUAGCGUUCGUGCUUGUUAAAAAAGAGUGGCGUGCUGUCAUAGCAACCAUAUUACAUUCCGUUUCCGUUUGUCCGACGAAGGCCUUCUCGUAUAAACCAGAUUUGUUUAAGAAAUGCUCGUAUACUGUAGCCUUCAAAAGACGUGUCCUACCUAGCUUGCAGCCUUCCAAACAAGACGCAGCCUUCCAAACAAGACACAGCCAAUGCCACAGCUCAGAUGGCACUGAAUGAAACUCGUUCUGUGAAAUCUCAUUACUAAAAUCAUGUUAUGCUAUGCAACAAUGCUAUGCAAACCUUGAGUCAUUGUGUUUGCAUGUGUAAUUCGUUUUUAUGUAAAAUUGUGUUUUAUUUGUUUGGAGAGGCUUUAUGAACACUUGGAGACAUUUUUGAACACUAGGUUAAAUUAUAUUUGUAAUGCUAUAACUUUUUGCUUUGUUGUAUCAGCACAUUUUCCUUACAGUUUACAUGAUUGGGAAUUUUGACUUUUUUUUUUCAGUUUCUUAGGAGAAUCACAUAAUUUAUCAUUUUCUUUACAAUGAUCCCAAUCACUUGACACUAUUUUAUUAUUUUUGUUUUGUUUUUUCAAGUUAUAAAUCUUUAAUUUUAGAUAUGCCACUGAAACA